AUGAACCUUACCAAUUUCACAACUAACAGCCUCAAGAACUGGUCUUACCCAGCAGGCCCUGCGAAMCUUUUUCAGAACGAUUUCAUAGCAAACAUCAACAGCAAUAAAUACACAGGGGAAGAAUCAUGCGACGAGACCCUUGAGCUGAUUUUCUGGGCAGUCAAUCUAUUCCUUGGUAUCAUCAUCUUAGCUGGGAACUCAUUCGCCAUUCUGGUGUUUGUAGUCAGUGGUCAAUUGUCCAGAAGUCAUAUGAAUGUGCUGUUGAUGAGUCUGGCCAUAUCSGAUAUACUAUUGGCCGUGAUUGUAAUACCAAGCUAUGCCACCUACUGCACRGGAUGUGAGCGUCCGCUCUCCAAUCUGUGCUGGUUCUUUGAAGGAGGUAAAGAUUACACCUUYCUUGCCUCGGUGUUCAACCUGUUAGCUAUCAGCUAUGAUAGACACAUUGCAGUAUUUCAYCCACUGCUUUACAACCUCUACAUGACAGACAAGAAGGURAUUGCAAUCCUGGUAAUGGUCUGGGUAAUUCCUGUAAUACUGGCAGCAACAAAACAAGCAUCAACGUCAGCAAUGCCUGCUUCAAAAGCGACAGUCAUAAGAACAGAAGCAGCGUCAUUAGCAGGAUCAGUACAAGGAUUGCRCUUAACAACAGCCAGAGCUGCAGCAGCAACAACAACAACAGUAGUGAUAUCAAACCCAAACCUUCAAGACGAAACUUCGAAAUAG